AUGGCUGAAACCAAAGUGAGCCAGGUUUUAAGUAUUGACCCCGCUCGUGAACUAAUUUUCAAAGGCCCUUUCACCGAUGUUGUAAAUGCAACUAUUACUCUCCGUAACCCAUCUGACAGACCUAUAUGUUUCAAAGUAAAAACCACUGCUCCCAAGCAAUACUGCGUACGACCUAACUCAGGUGUUGUUCCACCAAAAGAUAUCAAAUUCGUUACUGUAAUGCUCCAACCGUUGGAUCAAAAUGCUGAUUGUACUCGGCACAAAUUUAUGGUUCAAACAUGUUAUGCACCUUCCGAAGAUGUCGAUUUGGAUCAAAUAUGGAAGGCUUGUAACCCAGCGGAUUUGAUGUAUAGCAAAUUGAUGGUCGUGUUUGAAGAGAGUACAUCACCUGCCCUUUCAAUGCCACGUGAAGAAUCACCAGCAGCCAUUCAUUAUGCUCAGAGUGGAGCUAGUCCGUCGGGAUCCGAGAACCAACCUAGGGCUAAGGAAACUCCUUCGAAAAGCCACACGCAAGUAGAUGAAAAGCUCCGAGUUGAAGUUGAUCGUUUAGAAAGAGAAAAGAAGGGUUUGAAAAAAGAUUUGGACGAUGUUCUGAAGAAAGUCGCCAAGCUUCAAAACGAUUCUGAACGCUCUGAGGUUGGAGUUCCAACUCUUCAAGUUAUACUCAUGGCUGUUGCGGCUCUGCUGAUCGGACUCAUUUUCGGAAAGCUUAUCUGA